AUGGCCGCGCUCAUAAGAAAAAUGAGCGUUUUCAGUGGGUUGUCAAAAUCAAGAAAAGCGAAGGCAGUAGGUCAACCCUCCGUUAAAUUUACUGAAAGACUCAAAACAGGUGUCAUAGGAAGGUUUUGGGAACGCUCUGUGAAGUACACAAAAAUGCUUCUAAGUGAUUAUAAAGCUGUUGCUGUAGACACCGUCACAGAUUGUAAGGAACGUCCAUUCAAAGCCACAUUCUAUAUCUCCAGUGCAAUUUUCUUGGGCUAUGCAUUCUACAAAAACCCGGAUGAAGAAUCCUUCAACUCUCAGGUUGUUGAUGCAACUAAUGAUCUUUUGCUCGUCAGUAACAUGACAAGAAAUCCUGAAGCGGACCAACACAUGCAAAAUAUUAUAAAAUGGGGCAAUGAAGGAAUUCUUCGAAGAUGGAAUCUUGUCUUUUUCUCAAUAAUGUGGCGAGACAACUACACUAAAGAGUGUGCGUUGUACGAUGCUAGAUGUAAAUAUUUACAACCACGGUGGAAGGGCUUUGAAGAAAGAAUUGUGGACAUUGGCUUUCUUGGAUGGUGGUAUUACUUGAAUGAGAAAAUGGUUGAUUAUGAUGUCAAUCCAAAUGAAUUUCAAGAUGAAUCCAAGUGAUGUCGUUGUUUGUACACUGACCAUGUCGUUACUAAGAAACUAUUUAAUAGAUACAAUUUGUUUUUUCAUUGUUGUUGUAGUUUACAGCAAGGUUUCCUUACUGGUACCUCGAUAUGAAAUAUUAUCAGCAAACCAUUUGUUUGAUACUAUUCCAGAAUUUGAUCUAUUUAAAAGACUGUUCAUAGAAAAUUAAAAACUACCUGAGAUAAUUUA